UCUUUGGCUGCAAAAUAUGGGGAACACCUGAUACCUGGAACCCAGUUGUUCUAGUCCUCUGACUAACGGUCCCUUAGCUACGGCUUGGGCAGCCCUGCUUUGCGGCGUGCCUGUAGAGUUCCGACAAACCAAAAGGCAGAUUCUUCACUUUUCACCAGGGCACCUACUUGCUCUCAGCAUAAGCUCGAGCCUGCUCCCCCAAGAAGCUAGUGGGUACAUUGUUGCCCAUCUUCAGGCAAAGAAACCUCCACAGCCGAGCCCCCACCAGCCAUGAAGAGAAAUUUGUUUGAAGUGGAAGCCGCAAAUCAAAUUCGCCAACGGAAUUGAUCUCAACCCCUUUAUGAGAAAGGAAAACAUGCGGAAUGGCGGAGGUGGUGACGAUUUCCCACAAGCAGAAUGUCUGCCGUGUCUUGGCCAUUUGCUGGGUGAAAAUAUGACUGAUUUCUCGCCAUCAAUCGAGACCAUUCAUAUCCGCUGGGGCCUCACUUCUUUGGAAAGAAUUAAACCAUAUGGGCCUUCACUAUGUCAGACGGCCUUCACUUCACCAAGCAGCCUUCACUUUACCAAACAGCCUUCACUUUACCAAACAGCCUUCACUUUACCAAACGGCCUUUACUAUAUCAAACGGCCUUCACUAUAUCAAACGGCCUUCACUUUACCAAACAGCCUUCACUUUACCAAACGGCCUUUUGAUCAGACAAGCCUAGUAAGAAAGGAUCAUGCUCGAGUUCAGGCUAUAGAGAUCUGUCCCGCCACAGUCCAUAUUUCUGGAAGGCACCGGAGAACAGUGGAAGGAAUCACGGCGGUUGAGGUUGCUGUCGUGCUGUCUGAUCAGCACACACUUGGAAUCUCCAGGCGUCUUCAAGGAUGAUGAUACUGCUGGAAAGAGCCAGCAGGAGGCCUUCUCGCAGCCCAAUCAGGAUAAUGGCUUCCGGGGUCCCUUCGUACUUGGAAUGAAGUUCCAAGCAGUGGUUCCUGCCCAAGCCUCAUAGAAAACGAGCUUGAGCACAUCACGAAGGGCACCCAUUCCCGGCCGUCGACAU